AUGGCCGGCAACACGUUUGCGCAGUUUUUGGUAAUUGGACCGACAUGUUUCUUCCUUGGUAUACUCUUCGCCUCUCUGCCCUAUGACUACAAUGCGCUCUGGGCGGUGCCCGAUGACCGCGAAGCGUACUUCAAGAUCCUCGAAGACCACAUCAAGUUCCUCUACGCGUCGCCUCCCAUCAUCUCGCGCAUCCUUAACAUGGUCAUCGGCACGGGCAUCCUCGGUUUCCUACUCAAGCUCUUCCGCGCGAGCGAGAGCAACAUGCUGUUUGAUGGCGCGAGUCUGGUGCUCUACAUGGCAGGCAUCACGGUGUACCUGACGAACAUUGUCAAGGGAUUCAGGGUCGUCACCGCGGGUAUCUACGGAAACGUUACGCCGGAGAUGAAGGAUGCUGUUGCCGAUGAUGGCGAGGGUGACUACAUCAGCCGCGAGGACACACUGCGAGUCUUUGCUGCAAGUAACACCAUCCUGGCGCUGGUCUUGGUGGGUGUCUUGGUCCUACAGGCUGGGCAGUGGUAUGCGAAGAGGGCCGAGGAGAACGAGAUUAAAGAGUUUGAGAAGAAGGAGGAGGAGAAGAAGACGGCGGGCAAGAAGAAGAAUUAA